AACCCAUUUAUUUCAUUGCAUUACAACAGAUUUUUUUUUGUUUACUAGAAAAAGUCCAAGAUUUCAGCCUCUCGUAAACUCAUGCUGAAGAGCCUGAUGGUUGCUAAAGCUAAAGAGAUGUUGGAGCAGGAGAUGAUAGAUAAGGAGGAGGAGAAGCAGCGAUAUCUGGAAGAGAAAUCCCCUCUUCUACAGACUGGUGGAAUGUCUUUCUCAGAGCUCCAGGAACUGUGUCGAGAGCUCCAUGCCAAGAUUGACGUGGUGGAUGAAGAGCGCUACGAUAUUGAAGCAAAAGUGCUGCAUAACACCAGAGAGAUAAAAGAUCUAACCAUUAAGGUCUUAGACUUGAGAGGUAAGUUUAAGCGGCCCAGUCUAAGAAGAGUGCGAGUGUCAGCAGAUGCCAUCCUGCGCUCUCUUUUGGGGUCCAAGCAUAAGGUGUCGUUAGACCUGAGAGCAAACCUCAAAUCAGUAAAGAAAGAGGACACAGAGAAGGAAAAGACAGUAGAGGUUAGUGACUGGAGGAAAAAUGUGGAGGCCAUGUCUGGAAUGGAAGGCCGCAAGAAAAUGUUCGAUGCUGCCAAGGGAACUGCGCAGUGAUCAAGACGUGGGCUCAGUUGAGAGUGAAGAGGUGGCAAUGUUGACUUCUGCUUAAUCAAUUCAAGUCAAACAUUACAUUAUAGGUUUGUAAUAGGCAUACUGUCUAUAGCCUAUAUUACAUAUAAUGUUUUUUUUUAUAUACACGUCAUUUAAUGUAUAUGUAUUCUCAAUUCCUAAGUAAUUUACCGUAUGUUAUAUCAGAUUAUGUGUCAGUUUAAGCCAGUCUCAGAAAUGCCUCUUAAUGGCCAUUGCUCUGCCGUAUAGCCUGUCCAGUCUAAAGUGACUUGAUAACCUUCUCUAAGGUUUAGCAGAAGUACAUGUCCACCACAAUAUAAAAAGCAAUUCAAGUGACAAAAAUAUAUAUUCCCGUUCAGUCAGAGUUGACCACAAGCAUGGUUGCACAACACUGGAUUGUCAGACCAUAGACACAUUUUUGUUCGAUAAUAACCUUCUCAAUAAAUUCUAUUUCA